AUGGCGCGCGAUGUCGGCUCAAACGCCGAAUCACCUCUCCAUGGUGUUGUGCUCUGCUGCACUGCUCUCGCGCAGGAAGUUCGAACUAACCUCGCCGAGGCCGCGGUACAGAUGGGAGCCGUUCAUAAGUUGGACCUCACUUCUGACKUUACACAUCUCGUUGUGGGCAGCAUCGACACUCCCAAGUAUCGCUACGUCGCAAAGGACCGCCCCGACAUUCGCGCGCUGAGCCCAGGAUUCAUAGACGCGGUACGGGAUGCAUGGAUGGCAGACGAGGAGGUGGAUCUGGAGGCUCUGCAGCGGGAACACACGUUGCCGGCUCUGUUUGGAUUGAAACUGUGCGUGACGGGCUUUGAAGACCUGAACGUGAGACGACAGCUGGAGCAGACGAUUCGCAGCAACGGUGCAGCAUACACAGGCGAUCUUGUCAGGCAAGUGACACAUUUGAUUGCCGCAAAGCCGGAAGGUACCAAAUAUACAUAUGCCAAGCAAUGGGGCAUAAAGGUGGUCGGUGUCAAGUGGCUCGAGGACAGCUUACGCCGUGGCAUGGCUCUGGACGAGAGCUACUAUCUACCCGAGUGUCCGCUGGAGCAGCAAGGUAUCGGUGCCUACCGAAUCGAGCCCCGAAGAGCCAACCUGGCAAAGAGAGCUCGGGAGGCUGAGCAGGCUGCCGUGGGCGAGAAGGAUGGGCCAAGGAAGAUGAGGAGGAUUGCGAGCCGACGGCUGGAGGGACAGAGUCAGGACCUGUGGAAGAGCGUUUCGGAGCACGAAGUGCAAGUUGACGCCACCGAGAUGGACAUCUGGAACGAAGACAGUCAGACGCUGAAGGAUGAUCCAGUUGCUCCGCAGCGGCCUCACGCUCUCGAGAUCGUUGAAUCAGCCGAGAACCAUCCCCCAAACCGUCCAGAGGGUCUUUUCGCCGGAUUCUAUGUUCUCAUUCAUGGAUUCGAUUCAACGAGAAAGGAGAAGCUUCUGUCCUACCUUCAGCCGAACGGUGCGGUGGUUGUUGAGUCGUCAGAAGCUCUCGAAGCAGCAUCCCUCAAUGCCUUUUUCAAGGCCUCGAUCCUGCUCAUGCCGCACGCAACGCCGACGAAAUUGCCAGCCAUACCGGAGGGAACGAUUCUCGUCACCGAAUGGUGGAUAGAACGGUGCAUUCACUUCAAGCGAAGUCUUGACCCACAAGAAGACGCUCUCAGCCAACCGUACACGGAUGGCAUUGUGCAUGCAUUCCAAGGCAUGACUAUUGCAACGACUGGGUUUGACUCCGUGGAUCUGCGACAAACGGCUGAAGUCGUGGCGUUGGUAGGAGCAAUCUACCAGGAGCAGCUGCAAUCAUCAACGUCCGUUCUUGUAUCCGGGUCCAAGAAUGUCAAAAAAGACAAGGCUAUGUAUGCCUCCAAGCAUCGUAUACCAGUGGUGACGAUGGACUGGCUCUGGAACUCGCUGAAGUCGAAAGAGAAGGUGUCAAUCGAGCGAUAUAGGAUCAGCUUGCCUGCGUUUGACUCUUCCGAAUACAGUGGUAGCCCUGCUGCUAGUGAUCUGUCUCCCAGCAAUGCCGUACAGCCUCGAAGACUAGGCGAUUCGUUCAGAAGAGCAGAUGACUUCCAACCCAAGCGACUUUCGAAUACCCGCAAGCGACAUGCGACUCCACUGUUGGUCAUGAAGCCUUCCAUAGGAAGUGUGCUUGUGGAGCCAAGCGAGAUGUCCAAGCCGUCCAAGCGUCACGAGCCUCAAWCCGGGCCAUUUAUAUUGGAAGACAAUGACAGCGAAAACGACGAAGAGAUGGAGCCAGCAGCGCAGUUGGAAAACGAGUCUGCUUGGCUGGGCACUGCGAAGGACUCGUCUCAAGGCCGCCCCAAGGGCCUCCGCGAGAUAUCGCCCAAUACCUCGCAGCAAAAAGCUGAGAGAAGCGUAGAGUCGAAUCAUGUUGAAAAAGAUGCAGAAGACAUCGUCGCAAACAUUACCGAAAUUGAGGCUCUCCCAGUGCCACACAGUCCGAACCGCAGUCCACUCAAGCAGGACCGUCUCGCUCCGGCGCAACUAAAUCACAACCUCACAAACGAGCUUGCUGAGUUUUUGAAGCGACAGUCUGCUUCGGGUACCACUAAUCCCUCGAUGCCUCCGAAGCGAAAGUCCAGACCUCUUGGCCGCAACAUCAGCAGCAUCUCCAAUCGCUCCGGAUCCGCAGCUGCAGCGCCAUCGAUGCCGUCAGAUGUUUUCGAAGAGAACUCCGCUGCUGAUGGAUUCGACUAUGCCAACCCCAUACCAGCACUUCCGCCCAGUACCCAGCUUGGCUACGAUACUCCCGAAGCGGAGGCGCACCGAAAGCAGAUGAGCGRGAAGAUGGGGACAACGAUGCUGCAGGAUGAUGGUGUGGGCAAACGUGUGGCGAGUGUGGGGACCGUCAAGGACAGCAGUUCUCGUUCAGCCGUUGGCGGCAGAGCGAAAGGGAGAACGAGAACGAAGACUUGA